AUGCGUCGCGGCCACCUGGUUGAACGCAUCCGACUACACGCAUAUAACGGUGCUUCCCACGAUACCCUAAAAGAUCGCACGUUCAUGCGAGCGUUGGUUGGAUGCAACGCAGUCGGUAAGAAGUUCCGCUGUGACUCCACGAUUGAUCGAUGGUUCGAAACAGCCUUGGUGCCACCCGAGCUCUUCAUCGCUCCGAACACUGACUUCAUACAUCGACUAAUUACCACAAGUCAUUGUGUAGGCUGGACACGCGUUCGUGAAGCUCAAAAGAUUCUGUACUGA